CCGUCGCACUUUCCGCCCGGUUCCGCCCCGGCCCCUGCGCCUCUGCGCUGACGUCACGCAGGGACCUCCUCGAUUUUCGGGGCCCACGCCAAGUACCCACGCUGUUCUCUGCACGGCGGAGGCAGCUACGAGGGCGCUAGGCUGCGAGCCCAGGAACAGGUUGCUUAUCCUGUUGCAAACUGCCAAUAUUGCCCUGGAGUCUGAUGGGGACAGGUUUCUGAGCAGGGCCUCUUGAGAAUGGGGGUCCUGCUGCUCUGAAGGUGGGAAUCUGCUGCUUGAAAAUCAGUGUGCUCCAAUCCCAUCUCUGAUUCUCACGAGCUUGUGUGGCUUUGGUUAAGGGCGUUUUAAUCAUACUCUGCCACCCUCUUGAAAAUAGGAAUAGUAGCCAUACACACUUUCCCCUGCGUUAGUGGUGAAGCUCUGCCUGGAGCACAGUGAGGGCGUCCAGUGCUCUUGGCAAUUUUUAUUUGCUGCUGACGACCUAGUGCUUCAGGGGCUGGUAAGGUUGUAAAUCGGCAUGACCUUUUUGAAAGCAGUUUGGAAGUGCAAAUCAUGAUUCCUUCAUCACCCACAUACAUUAUCUUCUGCCCUGGGAAUCUCUCCUGAGGAAAUGGAAACAUAGACUUAUGUACAAAGAUGUUCACUGCAGCGUUUUUUGUUUAAUAGAAUAUUGAAGCAUUCAGGAAAAUGCACAUAAUAUGCUAAGCCAAGAGGAUAUGGGAUCAUAUGUGCAAUUGAAUUUUUUUAUAAAAUAUUUGAAUUUUUGUAAAAAAUUGAAUAUAUUUGUAAAAUAUAUAUGCAGAAAGAAAAGCAUAGGGCUCUGUGCUGGGGUCCUCCUGGGCAUUCAAUCCUAGCCCCCUCCCUCAUCCAAGCCAGCACUUACCUCUGGGCAAUAUAUGUGUAUAUAUGUGUAUCUAUGCAGAUAUGUAUAUAGUAACCUCUGGUCAAAUUACGUAUAAUUUUUCCAGAGAAAAAUUUAUAAAUUAUACAUAGAGGAACAGCUGGUAUACAUAUGUGUAUAUACUUACAUAUAUGUAUACAUAGUGUGUGUAUAUAAUAUGAGGAUGUACAUACACAUUUUCUGAAAGAAUAUUCUAAAUUGAGGGUAGUAAAGGGAAUAUAGCACAUUUCUUCAUUCAGAACAAGGCCCUUUCCUGUUUUUUGCACUGGGCUGGGAGGCCUCACAACUCUGUAGUCUGCAGAGAUGGGUUUUUGCAUAUCUGGCUUGACUUGCUAAAUUAAGAACCAGCCAAGCGCUUUCUCUACUCAGCGCUGCUCUGCCUCGCUCUGGGUGCUGUUUCUGUGUGUCUUCCUUUCCCUGAGUUCUAGCUGGUUUCUUCCCCAGUAACCCCCUCCUCCUCUCUUGUUGUGUGAGCCUCUUGAGGGCCCCCAAUUGUGUGUGUCUGGCUGAGACCCAGAGCCCCCAGCAAUGGCUGGCACCAGGGCCAGCUGUUUGCUGGCAGUUUCAUGGGGGGCGUGCUGGGCAGAAGCAUUGUUUCUAAGCAACACAUGGAUGCGACAGGCCUUGCUCCCCAUUUGAAAGGAAAACUCUGAUUUGUAAAGUGACUUUGUCACUGGGGACAGACGUCCCCAGCCCAUCUAUCCGUCCCUGAGUCCCCAUACACCCUCCCCGCCUGCUCUCUUUGUUGCCCACAUCUCCCUAUUUAUAGCUUUGGGGGUUGGCACUGUGCCCACCCCUCCCGUGUGCUGGGAAGCUUCUGGGUCUGCAUGCUGUGGGGCUGCCUUCCUCCCCCCGCAUUCCUGCAGCUCCCAGCUGGCCUGGCCACGUAGAUUAGGGCUUUGUCCCCAGGCACAUGGGGCCCCUUCCAGGAUGGCUUGGAGCCAGGAUCAGGAGGUGAUGGUGGCCCCAGGUGAUGGGGUACUCCUGGUGAUCAGAGAGGUCAGGAGCAGCUAGUUUUCUUUCUGGAGGGGCCUCUCUGGCUCUACAGGGGCUCAGCACAAAGGUGUGGUGGUCACCCUUUGAGUUCCACUCCCUCUGAGGGCUGGGGAGUCUGAGUUGGGGAAUGGACACUAGGGCUGCUGUCCUCACUGGCCUGCAUGCCCCUUGGGGGUUCAAGUGGCUCUGGGGCCUUUCAGGGGUCCAUGGAAGUAGGUGUCCCUGCUGCCGGGAGGGUGCUUCCCCAUGCCUGGGGCUGGAUUAAGGACUCACCCAGCCUGCCAGAGGCGAAAACAGCAUCCUUCUGCCACUGGCCCCCUCAACAACACUCAUCCCCCACCAAGCUCUUGGCCUCACCUGAGAGAACAGGCCGUGUCACUCAGCUACGUGUUCCCCCUCCCCACCCUCUGCAGGGCACCGGGCCUGGAGGCUUCCGUUCCACCACCCCUCACUGUUGCUAAGGCCCCACGCCAGCCAGAGCCAGGCCUCGUGGGCCCUCAGCCUAGUGUCCGUCUUUAGGGAGCCCUUGGCAGCCGCUCUGAUCAGCCCUCAGGAAAGUUCUGGAAGCAAUCGUGGCUAUCCCCUGGGUGGCUCAUGGGCCACAGCAGGGGCUUCCCAGAGUGACCAGGCCCGCCAUGCUGCAGUGCCGGCCAGCCCAGGAGUUCAGCUUCGGCCCCCGGGCCCUGAAGGAUGCGCUAGUGUCCAGCUGCCCUGCCCUGCAGCAGCUCUAUGUGGCCACCUUCUCCCCGGCUGAGAGGCUCUUCCUGGCUGAGGCCUACAACCCACAGAGGACCCUCUUCUGCACACUGCUCAUCCACACAGCCUUCGACUGGCUCCUCAGCUGCCCAGAGGCCCCUGAGGACUUUGAGAGCUUCCACGCCUCCCUGUUGCCUAGGAAGCAAAGCCCAACUCGGAAACAUGUCUACCUGCAGCCUAUAGACCUGAGCGAGGGGCCGGCAGGCGUCCUGCUGGACCACCUUCGGAGCUGCGCAGAGGCCUUCUUUCUGGGCCUGCAGGUCAGGUGCCUGCCCUCGGUGGCCGCUGCAUCCAUUCACUGCUCCUCGCGUCCCAGUCCGCACUCGGAGAGGCUCCAGCUCCACACAGAUGGCAUCCUGGCUUUCCUGAAGAGCAGCAAGCCGGGCGACGCCCUGUGUGUGCUGGGCCUCACGCUGUCCGACCUGUACCCCUGCGAGGCCUGGAGCUUCACCUUCGGCAAGUUCCUCCCAGGCCACGAAGUGGGUAUCUGCAGCUUUGCCCGGUUCUCAGGGGAAUUCUUGCAGCUGGGGCCCUGUGCCUCUGAUCCGGCCCUGGCAGAGGUGGCGGCAGAUGGUCCCGAGACCCCCCUGCAGGACCGAGAGACCCUGCACGUCAGUGUCCUGGGGAUGCUACAGUGUUGCAAGGUCACGUGCCACGAGCUCUGCCACCUCCUCGGCCUGGGGCACUGCCGCUGGCUCCGCUGCGUCAUGCAGGGGGCACUCAGCCUGGACGAGGUCCUGCGGCGGCCCCUGGACCUCUGUCCCGUCUGCCUGCGGAAGCUGCAGCAUGUCCUGGGCUUCAAGCUUGUGGACAGGUACAAGAGACUCUACGCCUGGACUCAAGCAGUGGCAGGGAUGCGGCCCGGGCAGGAGGCAGGGGAGCCGUCUGUGUCAGAUGACACCUUGCCUGGCAGUGCGGACUCUGGCCUGAGCUGUGAGAGUGAUUCAGAGCCUGGCAGCAGCCCAUCAGAGCCCCUCACCCCUGACACGUGGAGCCACAGCUUCUCCCUGGGGCCCGAGCCUGAGGAUGGGCUGAGCUCCCUGGCAGCAGCCUGGGAGGGCCCACCAGCACUUGGGACCCCAGUGGAGGCCAUCAAGGAGCAUGGACAGUGGCUGGCCAUGUGCAUCCAGGCCCUGGAGAGGGACGUGAGUGAGGAGGAGCUGGCGCAGGUGGACAGAGCUGUGGACGCCCUUGCCCGGUGGGAGAUGUUCACGGGGCAGCUUCCGGCCACCAGGUGGGACCCGCCCUGCAGCCAAGAUGGCGUGGGGCUGCGCAGGGUCCUGGGGGACACCUUCUCCUCCCUGAGGAGGAAGCUGAACGUACGCAGGCCGGCCAAGGUGGGAUCAUCCCCAAGCCACUGGAGAAUGGCAGAGAACUAGUGUGGCCCGUGCAGUGUGCCAGCGCCUGCCUUUCCCUGGACACCAAUGCCUGCGACAUGCAGCGGCCGAGGGUGCCGUGGGCCCAGCAAGGGCUCAGGAGGACAGGUCUCUAGGGAGGCAGAAGAAGACCCUGUGUCCUGCCUGGGGCCACGGCAGAAGGUGGCUGGGCCCCCAGAGCGCUGGCUCCCUGGGGGCAGGAGGCAGCAGGGGCUGGGCCUGCGAGGCCCCAGCCUCGUAGCUGGAGCUCAGGUCGGGGGUGACAGGCACAAGGACUCGGCUACUGUGAACUCAUUCUCCGAAGCUGCAGCCUGGCUCUGCAUUCAUGGGGCGGGCAGGGCGUUGUUUCCAUCCACUCUGAGGAUGGGGGGUGGCUUUCUGUGGCACCCAUGCAUUCGGGCCCUUAGGCACUUCAUGUGGUGUCACCACUCACUGGAGAUGUGCCCCUGGGGGCUGACAGGUGUUGCAGGAAGGGAAGCAUCUGACUGACAGGCUGGAAGGCGCUGUGAGGCAGAGUCCCUGAUUUGGUGGGACAGCUGCCUGCUGUGACCUGCAGUGCUGAAACCAAGCAUUUCUGCCCUGGGGACAGCUCUCUGACAGGGGGCCUGCAGUGCCUCAGAGCAUCAGUGUUCCUACUGAUACCAUCUGUGACGUCCAGCCAUGCCUGGGGAUUGUCUGUCUCCCUUUCAUUUUGUCAAAUUUUGCUUCCUGUUAUGUAAUACACAUUUAGUAUUUUUCCUUAUCAAUUAACCGUUUUCAGUAUCAGAAGCUGCCUCUGCCUGCAGCGUAGGAGUCCUAGGGAGUGCCAGGUCCACUUCUGACAGCGGAAUUCCUGUGGCAUGAUGAGGGGGGUCACAGCUAUUUUCCCAUCUGGGAAGAGGCACUAACAGGGCGACUCACCCAUUUUGUGGGCAGCAUAUACAGUUUUGAGGGCCUUCUAAGAAAACAGUACAAAGUACAAACAUAUAAUUAGGAGGGUCCCACCAAGCAAGAAUGUCUGAAGUGUCCUUGUAAUCGGCCACCAGGCAAGAGUGUGGGGUCCUAGUCCCAGAGAACAUGGGGGCACUGGGUGGACAGAAGCACAUGCAGCUCUUCUGUCCCAGGUCCCUCUGGCUUCAAAAGUGCUUCACAGGGACCCAGGAGGAAACGGAGAUGGAGGGAACCGAAGUGCCGGGCAGACCCUGCGGAGGCAGGCCAGUGCCUGGUGCCUACAGUGAGAACAGGCCACCCCAACCUCAGGCCUUAAAACCCUGCAGCCUGUGUAGCUCAGGAAGUGGCCGUGAGGCAGAGCUCAGUGGGAAGGUCUGCGCCUGGGGGCCUGUGCAUGUGGCCUGGGCUUCCUCACAGUGUGGCGCCUGGUUUCCAAAGGGGGGAUUUUCAGGAGUCACAUGGAGGCAGUGCGGCCUUUCCUGGGUGUCACUUCCAGCGCUAACACAAAGGCCUCCCCAGGCUCCUGGGGAGGGCACACAGACUCCACCUCUUGGGGGGCAGAAAGCCUGUGAGAUGGGAAGACAUUUAUGAAAUGCCUGCCCCACUGUCUACCACGGGAGUGGGUGUCACACCUGCUGCCUGAUAUGACCUGUUCUCCAGUUUCCUUCUUCCUCUGCAGAAGGUUCAUCACUGGAGUGACAUGAGAUUAAGCAGGAGGUAAGACAGAAUGGAGCUGGAGGGGGUCCUGCUCAGCUGCAGGGAUCCCCAUGCUGGGCCUGGCCAGAGCUUUCUGAAGAGGGAAGGGGCGAGCCCGUGGAGCCCCCCUGGUGGGCUUCCAGCUGCAGGGGGAGUGCAGUUUUUUUUAGGACAGCUGCUGGCAGGAACACUCUGAAAAUAAAGCUUAGGAACAGAGAUCGGAUUCCUUCCUCGGCUCAAACGUGAGCCCAGAGUCUGUCCGUGAUGGGGGUGAAGAGCAGUGGGGAGAGGGCUACAGCAGAGGGGAUAACAAACCCCAUCUCCUCCAGCAAAGUCAGUUCACAGAUCUUCCCAAAUUCAAGCUCCAGACCUGGUUUAUUCGUGGUGAUGUGCCAAGUCCAUUUAUCUCUGUAUCUGUUGGAAGCCCAAGAGUCGGAAGGAGGGGUCUUCUCGCCUGCCCACACACAUCUCAGUGAGCCCAGCAGAGGGGCUUGAAUGGAACUAAAAAUACAGCGGGGUCAUGACAUUA